UGAAGGCUGAAUCGAUGCCGAGGAUGACGUCAUGGUCGUUGUUUCGAAUGUCGCGAGCUAGCGCAGGGUAGGAGGCCGCGCGCUCUACUGUGGACAAAACUUGUACAAAUCUGAAGCCCGAGGUCGUCGACAGCCGCCGGUAACUUGAAUUUAAGGAAUUUCCUCUCCCAUCCCCCCUUGCCCCCUCUGUCAGAGCAUGGCUCAGGAGACCAAUCAGACGCAGUUGCCAAUGCUUUGCACUAUGGGAUGUGGUUUCUAUGGUAACCCCCGAAACAACGGCAUGUGUUCGGUCUGCUACAAGGAAAACCUGCAGAGACAACAGGGAGGGGGGAGGUCCAGCCCCCCGGGAGAGAAAGCUGCUACAUCACCUGCAGGAUCACCGGGAUCAGCUGGUGUGACUGUGGAGAGUUCAACCUCAGAGCCCAGUACAGAGGUGGCAGGAACCCCACCUGAGGAACAAACAACAAGUCCAAGCUCUCCCAGCCCAGUAACUCAACAGAUGACCGCCAUGAGCAUCUCCCGGGAUUCGGCAGCUGUAGACUCGGAUCGAGCGGAGGCUGAUGAUGGUGAAGAGGAGGGAUCUUCCAACAGCUCAGAACCAGUCGGGGAAGCAGCACAAGCUUUGUCUGAUAGUGACCAAACUCCAGAUAAGAACAAGAAAAAGAACCGCUGCUUUGCUUGCCGGAAGAAAGUGGGCCUCACAGGUUUCGACUGUCGCUGUGGGAACCUGUUCUGUGCCAUCCACCGUUACUCUGACAAACACGACUGUCCCUACGAUUACCGGAGUGCAGCGGCCGCCCGCAUACGCAAGGAGAACCCCAUCGUGGUGGCUGAGAAAAUUCAGAAGUUAUGAGGACUGAGUGCAUCAAAACAAAGUCUCUGACUUUAUGAAUUGAACAAUGGCGACUUGGAUGAAAACACCUGAUAUCAUGGCUUCAUAUGUUCAUGGUAGACUAAGGGGGGCGGGGUGGGGGUGCAGCCACUGUCCAGAUGCUUCCCUUACUCGCAUCUCCCUCUCUCUCCACUAGUGACUGCGGCUGAAGCUGAGUGUGUGUGCGUGUGUUUGUAUGAAAGUGUGUGUGCAUAUUUGCUUGAGAGUCAGGGAGAGAGCCGUAGGGGCCUGGUGGACAUUAGUGUUGCUGUGGGGAGGGAAGGCUUUUUAGAUUUGUACCCCUUUUUGUUUCUCAACUUGGGGGAUCGUGUGGGUUUAUUUUUAUACAAUCCCUAAAGGCAGAUGAAAUGAGACUUUUUAGGAAUGUGUCCCAGCCUGGAUAAUGACACACAGGUCAAUUAGACGUGUUUUGGUUUUUUUAAACUAAAAAAAAAAGCAGGGCUUUGGAAUAUAGUUGUUUUCUCCCAGACUGAAAAUGAUGUCAACUUCAUGUCAAAUUGGCAGAUUUUUUCCUCUUACCUUUCUCACCGACCAUACGUUGAACUCCCAAGACUCAGCAUUUUCCAGAAGCGUUUCUCUUUGAUAUAUUUACUUAUCAUACUGAUAUCGGGUGCAUGAACAGUUAUUGGAGGGGCAAGGUAGGGGAGAACCUUGACUUAACCGAGUGAUUGAGUUCUGUGUUUUAUUUCUCCUUUUCUUUCUGUUUUAAUGAGCGUAUGACAUCAGAAGAUCUAUAUUAAUAUAUUGUAGUUAGCUUGAAUUGUGUGAUUGCAUUCUAUUUAUUUUUUAUCGUUUGGAUGGUCUGUGCUGGAGGAUUGGCCGCAUGUGUCAGCAAAUCAUUAAGAUUUGCACUUAACCGUUUCAAUUAUAUUUAAGUAAUUUCCAUUUUUAUUAUAUAACCAUUAAAUAAAAAAUACACACGCUCUGACAUAAUGGAGUAGAGUCCAGUUAAGCCGUUACAGUUGAUAAUUGUGCAGUAAAACAUCCAUCGUUUUUGGAUUUGGAAACAAAGCACAACAAAGGGUGUCAACUGCAGACCAUCAUAUAAUGCGCUACACCUCAGUUUCAUUCAGCAUCUGGGUCAUUUGCAGUUUAUAGUUGAUCUGUAUAGCAGGUCAUCUAAAGAAAUUGCCUGAUUGACGAGACGUCCUGUUAAGUAAUCCCUUUUCUGUUCUUUGGAGUCAGAGUAAAGCUCCAUGUUCCUCUAACCACCAGCAGACCACUGACACAUGCUGGAUGAAAACUGACCCGGGUCGCGGUGCCUCUGCACGUUGACACUCCUUCCGCUCAGCUAAAGUAAAGAUUGUCACAAUGCUACAGAGAUGCGUGCUGUGCUUUUUCAAUGUGCUCGGAUUCAGACGAGUCCUUACUACAAGGCCGUCUCCAGCUAGCUUCUCCUAGGAACAUCCGACUUACCUGCAUGCGUGCAGUCAGACGUACGAGUUGCUUCGCAGUUUGAAACGAAGCGGAAAUGUCUAAAAAGCCACACAUCAGUAGCACAAUGCAUGGUAGGAACCCUACGGUUCAAGUUAACAGGGCUCUAGAGUUUUUGUUUUCAAAUGUAAAUACCAUACAGAUCCUAUUCAUAUAGUAUAACCUUAAUGUAGAUUUUUGACAGGUAAUAAAGGUGGGGGACUAUGGUGAUGAAUAGUACUAUGUGUAUAAAAGUGCUUUUCACAAGUAUCCAAAAAAUGUAAUGUGCCACAAAUGGCACUCAUCUGUUUUCCCCCAAAUCUUGUUUCCCUUUUUUAUUUACAAGUUAUGAACCUGCCCAUGUUAUGUCCAAAGUAUAUCAUUACCAAGAGUUUCUCCCACAGGCAAUGAAGCCUCUUUUCUACGAUACUAGUCAGAUUGUUAACUAGCCCCUUAAGCUUAACCUUGCUGAAUAACACAGUCUCCCAGUCCAUGCUUUUAUCCUGUUACUGAAGUCUAUUCAUAGCGUAGUGAUAAUACUGAAAGCUAGAAAGUUCCCUUGUGAGAUGCAGAGGGGCAUUUGAGGUUUCUUCUUUUCAUUAGCAAGAGCUUACCUUGUAAAUGUUGCUCGAUCUUGAUCAUUAAAUAUUUAUGAAAGAGCAGUAGAAGAGUUGCAAGGUCUUUUUUUUUCUUCAAAAUACACCAAUGCAGAAUGUAUUGGAUGUGAAGGACUCUUUCCUUGUUUACGCAGAAUUCCAUGUUGGACCUGGUUGAGUUGACUUCUGGCUCUUUUUAUUGGAAACUUGAUCAUCAUUUCCUGUUUAAGUAUGACUGUGGGUGACAGACAUGUGUUCAUGGCUUUGUGACUCGGUGUACCAACCCUGAGGUUAAGUUGGUCAUCUAAAGCCCCUGACUGUGAUUUAAUUACCACUGGUGGAAACUUGAAAUUCAAAAGGAGUUGAUGGGGAUUCUGAGACGUUAAUAAGAGAAAAAGCGUCAUUUUCAGGGGGACUUGUGUUUGCAGCAGCUCUAAGGUUUAGAUUUCCCCUGCUGUGUUUCUUAUACUGAAUAUUCCAGCUUGCCUGCCUGGUUUAUGACCAUUUCUAAUGUCACAUAACAAAAUGCGUAUACAGAUUCAAAGUCCUUUCAAAGUAAAAGUCAUUUCCUUAGAAUGAUUGUUCAGGUGUGUAAAUCGUGAGGAUUUCAUGGUUUACACUUGUUUUCUAUUGGCUGCUCAUAUCAAACCCCUACCUUCUUUGUUCUUAAUAAACAUGGGCCGUUUGAAUGUAAACUACCAUCAUUCACAUAAUCAGCUGUAAUGUCAAUUACUGAACUACAAGGCCCUGAUAUUGACUUUGUUUUGGGUGGAGACACAAUGUUCUUACUUGCGACUCAGGACAGUUUGAUCACUCAUUGUUUUGUCUGUUUGUGAUGAAGGCACCAUCAAUUAUGGCAACCAUGCUUAAAUAAUAUAUAGAUAUUAUCAGUACAUAUACAUUUUCCUUCCUUCUGUUCUGUUGCUUCGAGAGAGUUUUGAUGUCUUCAAUCCCGUCUUUAGCACAUCCGUUCAUAAUCAAUGUCUUCAUCGUGCGAGGGUUUUGAUUGAUAAUAAUGACAAACCUGUCCGUUGUGAUGAGUCUGAUUUGAAUUUCAGUUUCACUGCAAAAAUCUUUUAAAGAUGAGCGUGAGGGACAUCAAACGAACUCUACAAUGUUCAGCUGUAGUUCUUGUCCCUUGGCACUCCAGACCCCCAGAAACACCACCAGAUAUCUUUUUAUUUUGUUUUUCUUUUAAGAUUUAGGAUUGUAUGAUGUGUAAGAGUAAGUAUAAAACAAUAAAUUCACAAAGUUUAUUUUGAAUUACA